GAAAUUGGAGCAACUUUCUUGAUGUUGGAACAGAAGAUAUGCCUUAUUAGUCGUAACACUGAAUAUAAUUCUGAUGUCGUAGUUGAACCUCGACAACCUCGACAAUCUUGGCAACCUGGACAACAACAGUUUGGACCUGGACCUGGACUUGGAAGGAGAAGACAUGAGUUUAUUGGAAAUGGUACCGCUGCGAUGAUUGCAAUGUUUUAUUUACGUAAUAAUCAGAUUCCUGCACCAAACCGACAAAACGCACGCAUG